AUGAUACUGGCGAAUCGAUCAGUUCGCCCUCCAACUCCACCACUACCCUGUAUUACUCUACCUGCAACAAACGCUUCAACAUCGGACAGAUAUCGAACUCAUCAAGUACCUCGAAGCUCUGCAGCUCUAACGACCAGUCGUUCUGUGACAACCGCCAGUAAGAAAGUUACUUUCGAAGACCCUUCGUCUCUGCAGCAAAUUACUGCACAACCGUCGAAUGGUGCUUCUUUUUUAGGUGAUUCCAUCAAAAUUUUGAUAUAA